UUAAUUCUAAAUGUUUUCAUUGAAAACAAUAUGGAUGAUACCUGUGGUCUGGCAGUUUGAAGUGCAGCUCGGACACCAGCCGCAUCAGCAAGUCUGAUGUCUUUUAGAGAAGCGUUAAAAUGCCUGACAUGCAUCUUCAAAUACAAAAAGUAAAAAAAACGCUUUAUAUUUAUGAAACUUGGCAUAAAACACAAUUUUAUUAAUUUUGUCACAUAACUGGCAUAUUUUUAAUUUAGAUUGGACGAAACAAACAGGAAGUGACAUCAAAGUUGAUCUCUUUAAGAAAUCACAUUUUCAGGUCUUUGCUUAUUAAAGCAAUGUUGUUUGAACUCUGAUACUUCAUUUAUCUCUGAUAGUGACUUAAAUAAUCUCAAGAAACAUCAGAUUUUUCUCUACAGUCUAUGCAUUGUAGUAAUCCUCUGUUUACAUUCAGACAUUCCCCUUUGACAUCACUUCCUGUUACUUCACAUGUGAAUAUCUCAACACCUGUUCAUCGCAGUGGCAUGAAAUGUUUGUUGUAAAAAGUUAUUAGUAUUACCUUUCCAAAAAUGCAUUCAUAUUUAUUACAAAAAUUUGAUGUCACAGGCACUUUAACAGUGUUAGCACUUAGCAGCAGUUGCUUUUAUCUCAGGAUGAUGACAUCCUUAGAAGAGCCGAGCACCAACAGCAAACACUGCAUUACAUUGUGAAACCUUAACAUUUUGCCACAUUUACAUUUAUUAUUUUUUUACAUUUAGAUUUAGGAUUAUARAUUUAAACACAGCAUUUAAAUUUAAUAUUUAGUUUAAAAAAUAGCAAAAUGUAAGAACAGUGAGCUAAAUUAUAAAYUGUUGGUGGAAAAUCUUUGGCUAGGAAUUUUCCCCUUAGAAAGUGAGCUAAUUAUUGAAAAUGUGUUAGUGACAUUUUUAGACAUUUUAUUCUACACUUGGCACCCCAAAACCAACAUCAUUAUUUCUAACUUCAUGAUCUGAUUUUAUUUUGGAUUCAUUCGUUUGCAUUGAGUACCGUUAAUCUACUCUGCAGCUAAAACAUUUUUAAUGAGUGUCCCUGCAGUGAGCCGUGACUUUAAAUAAAAUAAACAUUUUUGGAUUAAAAACUUACUAUUAUAGCAUUUAAAUAAAUCCUCUUCUGUGUUGUCAUUUCCUUAAUACUUUUACAAUUUUUCUAGCAUUUCUCUUACACUUCAAUUUAUAAAAGUCACAAGUAAAUGCUGUGGAAUUAUUAGUCARGUUUCUCAGACCCAAAUUUUACUGAUCAGGCCCAAGUUUAAAAUAAUAAUAAUAAUAAAAAAACAACUGCAGAUGCCUUCAUCGGCCAUCAAAUCGAGGUUUGACUACACUCACAUGAAGGCUGUUGUUUUACACACUUCUGCAAUAAAAGUAUUUGAUGUAUUUUCCAUCAGUGUGUGUGUUUUCUUAUUUCUUUCUCUGUAGCUGAACGUGUGUGAAGUCAUGCAGACCAUGUGAUAUUACAGACUGUAAACCUCAAACUCAUCAUCACACUUUAUCCAUUCUCUGUCUGACUCCAUUGCAUUUUUCUUAUUAGGAUUAUUUGGAAAAAGCAGAAUUGUAGCCUUUGCUCUCAGGCUUUCAUCCCCAGCUGCGUUUGCAAACUGACUGGGGUAACGAGGCGUUCUCAUACUCUGACCCCUCCAGCUGGAACACAUUUCUGCAGAAUCAUGCCUUUAAUGAGUUUUUGAUUAUUGCUUUAUGCUAAUGUAUUUUUUUUAUUAUUUUUUAUUUAUUUGUUGAUUAAUAUGUUUACUGAUUAUUGAUUUAUUUGUUUUAUUUGUUCAUAACAGGUCUCUCUUGCAAAUGAGAAGUGUUUCUGAGUGAGACUAACAUGUAUAAAUAAAGGGGAAAGAAAGACAGGCAGGCAGCAGCAGGGGUCACGGGGUUGUGUGUGUGCGUGCGUGCGUGCGUUUUCCAAGAAGGCGCUCUACCCAGAAGCCCUCGGCUGUGCACUCUGAUGCUUUCAUGCCUCACGGGAAACACCACUGAUGUGAAUAUUUCUUCUUGGAAACAGGCUUCAGAGCUGAACAGCCAUUUUCAAGUGGUCAUUAUCUUGAUACAUAAGAACUACAGGCUGAGUUCAUGAUGAAUCGAGAACACGCUUAAAAGGAUGGUAAAUUCCAAGAAAAACAAAUUUACACCUCGACGAGAACUUCUUGUCAUUAUAGCUUAAUAAGACAUGAUUACAUUCUAGAAAGUCCUAGUUUAAAGAAAACUGCAGAAGGUAAUGAGUAAUUUUGUGAACUGUUUUGCUUUAAGUAUUUGGUUUGGUAAAUAUUGUCAAAAGAUACAGCUCAUUUAAAUAAAGUUAUUGAUUAAAAGCCUUUCAGGACAAAGUAAUGUUUACAUUUUCUAACAUAGCUUCACUCAGCUGCUUCAGACGUGACAGGAAGUGGUGCCUUCAAUGUAAAAGGUUCAAAAUUGACAUUAAAAUGACAGAAACCACAUUAGGAAAGUGUGGUCAGCUUUAAAUUAUUAUCUUUUUUUUUAAUGGAGCCAAAAUAUAAAAUAAAGAUAAGAAUACUAUUUUUAAAAAGGGUGAUCAUGCAAGAAUAUAUUUGUCUUUCAACCAAACAUCUCAUAAACCGCACCAUACGAUUCAAUGAACUCCGAAAGUAAUCAUUCAGUGAACAUCUAAGAUUAUCUUUUGGUGUCUUCUUUUUACAGAUGAUGAGAUUAAAUUUGAUGUGGUUGUAGCUGAGAGUCGUCCUAACAUACUUGAAGCACUAAGAUGGUAGUUUUGCUUUAAUAAGGGGGCCUUUGUUAUGCAAUUCUYAUAUAAGCAAGGGUGUAAUCCCCAUCCUAAAAGUUGGGAGGACACAAUUUAAAGGUCUUUUUUUUCCUGCUUUGGUUGAAAUAAGUGGGGGGACAGAGGGCACAGAUGUGGGAUGUGGGGGGACAUGUCCCACCCUGUAUAUGGUGGUUACGUCCAUGGAUAUAAGAUGCAAUAAAGCAGCCAUGUUCAUGAAGAUUCCUACAUAAUAAAUCUCUGAAAGUGUUCCUGUGUUAGUGUUAGACUUGAGACUGAACAGAGCUGGUGUUUUAUUGUAUUUUUUUUCUUAUUAUUCCUCUCAUUUUAAUGAGAAAUAAAUGUCUGAGUCAGCUGCUGGGGUCUUUGAUUGUGUCUUAUGUUGACAUCUGUAGAGGAAGUAGUGUGUGUUGUUGUGUUGAUCCGCUGGGCUGCAACCUUUUUCCUGUCACUGCAGGCUGCUGAAACACAAAACCUUUCCUGGAAACAGAUUCCCAGGAAGCUGAGCUCUGUCAGCCUGCCUGAACUCAGCUGCUGCUGUCUGAGCUGCACUUUUCACAGAGCUGCCCCUCCGACACAGACGCACUUUUUAUUUCCAGCAGACUCCACCAAAAUCUUUUUCCUUCUUUUGCCUCUUAUGAUGAUCAAACAUUCACUGUGAGAAUCAUCAGAUUUCCCUUCUUCACCUCCACCACUUUCUCAAGUUUUUUCUCAAUCUUUUGGACUUUUCAUGAUUUAAGGUCUGUGGAACAGGAAUGGUAGCCCGGACGGUCACCAUUUUGCAUUAUGAGGAACAAGAAAGUUCCUGCUGCGCACAUCCUUCUCCUCCACAGUGGGAUCCUGCAGAAGAUCUGCGCUGCAUCACAGCCAACUUCCAGUACCUUCAGGCCUCAGGUUGGUACUGGGGGUCUAUCUCAGCCAGUGAAGCUCGAGAAGCUCUCCUCACCAAGUCUGAGGGCACGUUCCUGGUGCGGGACAGCAGCCACCCUCAGUACAUGAUGGCCCUGUCUGUGAAGACCCGCUGUGGGCCUACCAGCGUGCGUAUAGAGUACAAGAAGGGCCGUUUCUGGCUAGACUCCACUACGUCUCACCUGCCUCACCUCCAGACUUUCCCAGAUGUUCUGAGCCUCAUCCAGCACUACACGGUCUCAGGCCAGACGGCGCAGGACCUGUCGUCGGUGCAGCCGCAAACAAAGCCAGACCACACGGAGCGAGCAGACAAAGACAGCGGAGUCCCCCUGAAGCUGGUGCAACCUCUGCACAGCCUGCAAGGUUUUCCUUCUUUGCAGCACCUGACGCGGCUCGCCAUCAACAAACACACAAACUGCACCGACCAGCUGCCCCUCCCCAAGCCGCUGCUGCGUUUCCUGCAGAACUACCCUUUCUUCAUAUAAAGACAGCCGUCAGUCAGACUCAUUGGGGCAAAAGAGAGACAGGAGCGUGGUCAGGAUUACGCUCCGUGACCACAUGCUGUGAAAGUGGGAAAGCAUCGGGUCUCACGCUGCAGAGACGGUCCAGGUGGAGAAAACUGUCGUGAAGAUUCAGUGAACCUCAGUGUUACCUGACUGAAUGAGUUCAGUCUUAAUCCAGGACAGAAACAUUGUUCUCUAAAUUAUUUACAUGUUUACAUGUUUACAUGCCUUGUAGCUACUGUGAAAUGUGCAAUCUGUGAGGGUUUUUUUUUUUCUUGCUGUUGUUUUCUUUAUUUUUGGAAAGUGGUUCUGUUUUCAAAUGAGCCAGUCAGCUCCAAGUUAUAAAUAAUAAAUCUCAAAAAUUAAUAAAUUAGGAUGUUUCGUUAAUCUAGUAGAUUUACUGGGCGAAUUCAUCUUUGCUGCUCUUCAGGGUUGGUUUGAAAGGGUUUUCAGCAAAAUAUAUUCACUAUGCAAAAUAAAUUAUUGUCGUAUUAAGUUGCUAUGCAGUCAUUUCAAAAUCCCCUCAGAAAACUGUAUACUUAAAUUAUUUAUUGUUCUGAAUGUUUUGAUACAUAACAGUUUAUGGAUGAUUUUAUUCCAUGUUAUAUUAAAUGUUAUGACUACAAGUUCAAAUAUUUGAAGGUACGCUGUCUCUCUGAUGCACAGACCGGAGAACCAACAGUGGUUUACAUCUUGUUUUGUAUUUUCUAUGCAUUUAUUAGAAAUCAGAUAUUGUUCUUUUAAGAGGGGAGACAAGGUUUCCUUUUAUUAUCAUUUCAUUACCAGCGAAGGCUCUUCUGCAAAAGCUGCAGCUGAUGAAAGACAUCUGUAAUCAAAUUGGUUUUAUUCUCAAAAGGAAGACGAGAGUUGCCUUCAGAGAAAAAAAAAACUAUUUUCUUUCAUUUUAAUAGCUUGACCACUUCACAUACAGCUGAAUGGGAGGUAUUACCAUUUUCUUGGAAACGCAUCUGAGUUGGUUUUCCACGAGUUGGAACUGAGCAGCACUGAGAAAGCCUCUUAUCAGGAUUAGAGUCAGAGCUGCAGUUAUUAGAACACUGCUGCACCAAACUAGAGGUGAGAAAGUAGUUUUGUUUGUCCCUUCAAGCCUGCAAUUCUGGAAAAUCAUUUCUUGUAAAAAAAAAAAAAAAAAAAAGAAAUAAAAAUCCAAGCACUUUCCUCAGUUGGAGUUUGGUCAAAAAUAAUAUUCCUCUCUUCAUGUGUUUGAUGUUUUUAUUUGCAGAGUAUUUGCAAUCGUAUGUGUUUGUGUUUUUUUACUUGAGUGAAAGUGGACUUCAGAUUUUAAAAAAUGCUAAAGUGCAUUAAUAAAAGUCUGAUUUAAAACAUUUAGAUUAGAAGAACAUCAGUAUUAUUUACUCUUGUUUGUACUGAAAUACUUAACAUACUUAAUACGAACUUACUUCUUUAAACUUAUUGACACAUAUUUCAUGUAUAUGAAUGUAAUAAAGAUACUUUUUU